AUGGGGAAGGGCUGCAAGGUCGUGGUGUGUGGACUGCUGUCCGUGGGGAAGACGGCCAUUCUGGAGCAGCUGCUGUAUGGGAACCACACUGUUGGAAUGGAAGAUUGCGAAACCAUGGAGGAUGUGUAUAUGGCUUCGGUGGAGACGGACCGGGGGGUGAAGGAACAGCUUCACCUCUAUGACACGCGGGGCCUGCAGGAGGGCGUGGAGCUGCCCAAGCAUUACUUCUCCUUGGCCGACGGCUUUGUGCUCGUGUACAGCGUGAACAACCUUGAGUCCUUCCAGAGAGUGGAGCUUCUGAAGAAGGAGAUUGACAAGUUCAAGGACAAGAAAGAGGUUGCGAUUGUUGUGUUAGGAAACAAAAUUGACCUUUCUGAGCAGAGGCAAGUGGACGCGGAAGUGGCCCAGCAGUGGGCGAGAAGCGAGAAAGUGCGACUGUGGGAGGUGACCGUCACCGACCGGAAGACGCUGAUCGAGCCGUUCACACUGCUGGCCAGUAAGCUCUCCCAGCCCCAGAGCAAAUCCAGCUUCCCCCUGCCCGGGAGGAAAAACAAGGGGAACUCCAGCUCGGAGAACUGAGUGGCAGCUUCCCUCCUGCAUGGCCGCCGCCUCUCCAUGUCCGUGAAGAUGGAGCAGGAUGAGCCGUUACAAUGUCGAAUCGACUUUGGGUCCUCAGGGAAUCCCCAAGGAAGUCAUUUAACCACUUUGGAGGUCAUCAUUCAGUUACUUGGGCUAGACUCAUUAUUGCCUGAUACCAAGUAACAUAUUCUCAUUGUUUGAAAGCUGUCCCUGAAGUAAGCACUGUUUGUUAUUUAUGUUGUGCAGUAGAAUAAAGCUGGGGCAGUGUACAGCCCUCCAGCUGCCUUGGAAGCUGUCA